GGGGUCUAUAGGGUCUCUAUAGGCGCCUUCCCGCCAUCCCCAUCGUUGCGAGAGACGCGGAGGAGCCGGGGGGAUCGGGGCGUCCCACGAGGCAGAAGCAGCGCUCGCCGUGGGGGGAGGCGCAGACCCAUAGCUAGUGGCGAAGAUGGCGGCGGAUGGGGGCGCUGAGGCCGAGAUGGCGGCGGAGGCGGCGGCGGCGGCACCGCCAGGGCCGGUUUCCUUCUCGUUCAGCCGCAAAGCGGAGCGGAGGAAGGUGCUGAGGGCGGAGCAGAGCGCCGAGAACGGCGGCGACACCGAUUUCCUUACGGCGGUGGAAGGGCGGGAGCUGCUGAGCUCCCGUCCGGCCCCGCCCCCUCCGCAGGAGCUCGUUAUCCCCCUGCAGCCCCCUCGGCGCCGGAGGAACCCGGACCCCCCCGAAGGCCACGCCCCCUCCCCUGCAAGCCACGCCCCUCCGGGCUCCGUGGAGGCACAGGCAGUGCAGGAGCUGCUGGAGGAGGUUCGGCAGAGCCAGGAGCCGGGGGAGGGCGAGGGCGGCCCCCCCUUGGCCAUCCCACUGCGGCUCCAGGAGGGCGAUGUGCCGCCGCGGCCCCAGCCCGGCCCCCAGGACUACGAGGCGGUGCCGGUGGCGGCCUUCGGAUUGGCCAUGCUGCGAGGAAUGGGUUGGAGCCAGGGCGAAGGCAUCGGCCGCACCUUCAAACAGGUGGUGAAGCCGUUGGAGCAUCGAUUGCGCCCGCGAGGGUUGGGGUUAGGGGCGGAUCCGGCCCCCCCCGGUGCCCCCCAAAAUCGAGGGGGGGAAGAAGCGGGUGAAAUAUGGGGCCUGGAGGUUGGGGCCACCGUCCGGAUCGAGAGCGGACCCCACCGCGGCAUGGAGGGCAAAGUGCAGGCGCUGCUCCCCGAGGCGGUGCGGGCGGUGGUGCUGGUGGGGGCGCAGCCCCUCACCCUCUCUCUGCACUCUCUGCGCCCCUCGAGCCGCCGCCCGGAGCAGCCCCCGGACCCCCCCAAGGACAAGAGAAAGCUGCACCCCGAAAACGAGAGGCCCCCCAAAAAGCAGCCGCGGGGCUCCCCCCCCCCUCCGCGAUGGUUGCGCCGAGAUCUGCGCGUGCGCUGCGUCCACAGCGGCUUCCGCGGCGGCCGCUUCUACAACUGCAAGAUGGUGGUGGAGGAUCUGCUGUCGGCCGACGCCUGCGUGUGCCGGACGGACGAGGGGCACUUGGUGGAAGGCCUGCAGGAAUCCAUGUUGGAAACGGUGAUCCCUCGAGGCGAAGGCGACCGCGUGAUGGUGGUGUUGGGGCAGCACGCGGGGAGGGUGGGGCGAAUCCUGGAGCGCGAUCCGGCGCAGAGUCGCGUCCUCGUGCAGCUGCAGCACGAGGCGGGGCGGGUGGUGGAGCUCGACUACGACGCCGUCUGCCACUACGUGGGGCGCCACGAGGAUGAUUAAAGGGGCCCCCCAAAAAACAACCGCCUGCCAGGUUCCAGUAUGGCCGCCAGGAGGGAGUCGCCAGGAGUCAACAUGGCUGCCCUGAAGCCACUUGCAAGGUUCCAACAUGGCUGACUGAAUGGAUUUCACCACGUCUGACCUCAUUGCCUGAAUGGGCUUGCCAGGUUCAAAGAUGGCUGCCCGAAGAGGGUUGCCAUGUUCAAAGAUGGCUGCCUGAAUAGACUUGCCAGGCUCCAACAUGGCUGACUGAAUGGAUUUCACCAUGUUCUGACUUCAUUGCCUGAAUGGGCUUGCCAGGUUCCAAAAUGGCUGCCUGAAUGGACUUGCCAGGCUCCAACAUGGCUGCUUGAAUGGAUUUGCCAGUCUCUAGGCUGCCUGAAGCAAGCUGCCAGGUUCCAACAUGGCUGCCUAAAAAGACUUGCCAGGUUUCAAUAUGGCUGCCUAAAGCAAGUUGCCAAGUUCCAACAUGGCUGCCUGAAGCAAGUUGCCAGGUUCCAACAUGGCUGCCUAUCAAGACUUGCCAGGUUUCAACAUGGCUGCCUGAAGCUAGUUACCAGGUUCCAACAUGGCUGCCUAUAAAGACUUGCCAGGUUUCAAUAUGGCUGCCAGAAGCCACUUGCCACUCUCUAACAUGACCUCUUGAAUAGACUUGCCAGGUUCUAAGAUGGCUGCCUGAAGCAACUUGCCAGGUUCCAAGAUGGCCGCCUGAAAGGACCCACCAGCCACCAAUAUGGGUACCUAAAUGGCCUGACCAGGUUCCAAGAUGGCCGCCUGAAUAGACUUGCCAGCUUCCAACAUGGCUGCCAUCCUGAGGGGAAUAAAUGGUGCCAAAAUGGCGUCCUGGUGCCACAGUUCCAUGAUCGGAGCGGGGGAAAAGGCGGGAAAUGCCUGAGGCGAUUCCUUUCCAUGAGGGAAAAAUGAACCUUUUUGAGGUAAAGUUCCCUUUUUUGAGGCAAAAUGCCCUCCUUGAGGUGAAAAAAAAACGUUCCUGAGGUAAAAAUCUCUUUUUUUAAGAUUAAAAUCCCUUCUUUGAGGGCAAAAAUUCUCUUUCCUGAGGUAAAAACCUCUCCUGGGAGAUAAAAAGUGCCAUUUUUGAUGUAAAAACCCCUUCUUUGUGAACUCAACCCUUGUUUUUCUGAGGUAAUGUCUUCGUUUGAGGUGAAAUUCUCUUCUUUUGAGGUAAAAACCCCCUUUUAUGACAUAAAAAGAAUCUUUUUUGGAGAUAAAAAACGCUUUUAAAGGCAAAAUCAACAUUUUGAGGUAAUUCCAUUUUGAAGUAAAAAAAAAAAACACUUUGGAGGUCAAAAAAUACCUUUUUUUUGAGGUGAAGAACUCCAUUUUGAGGUAAUAAAAAUCCCUUUUGAAGUAAAAAGGUUUUUGAGGUUGAAAAAAGGCCCUUUUUGAGGUUAAAGA